AUGAAGCUUUGGGCGGCCCUCGCCCUCACGGCUGUCGCCUCGGUCAAGACUGCCCGGGCCGAUGCGCAGUCUGAUUACGAUGCUCUCCCUGCGUGCGCCAUUACCUGCCUCGAGGCUGCCAACACUGCCGAGGGAUGCACAGGUAUCAGCGACACCUCCUGUGUUUGUACUUCUUCGUUCCAGAACAGCGCAGCUACCUGCCUCGUGAGCUCGUGCAGCUCCGCCAUCUCGGCGGUCCUCGCUCUUCAGUCCGAACUUUGCGACUCCUCGUCGUCGUCGUCGGCCGUCACCAGCGCCAGCGAGACUGCCGCGGUCACGACGGUCGCCGAAAGCACCACCGAAACCCCCUCGUCAACCCCUACCGACCCGGUUGAGAGCGUGUCUGAGACAGCUGCUCCGACCGAGGACCCCGUUACUUCCGAACCCGCCACUUCUACGUCCGCUGCCCAAGCCGCCCAAACUUCCGUUGCCGGGGUGUCUGAAUGUGCCUCUAGCUGUCUGAUCGAUGGCGCGACCUCGCAAGGCUCCGCCCUCGCCCUCCAGUCGUCUACGUGUUCGGCCGCCUCGUCCAGCCCAGCCUCAGACACCGGAUCCAGCGCUUCACAAACUGGUAGCCCGACCUCGUCAGCAGCUGCAGCAACUUCCUCCUCGGCCUCGAUUGACCUCUCGACGCUCUCAACGUGUUCGCUUACCUGUAUCCUCGGAGCCAUCUCUUCGCAAGGCUGCACUGGGCCCACGGACACCGCCUGUAUCUGUACUGAGGCGUUUACCAAUGCCGCAGCUAGCUGCCUCACCGAUUCGUGCACCACGGCCGACAUUAUUGCCGCCCUCGACCUUGAGAGCUCCUUGUGCCCCGACCUCGGUCUUCCGGACCUCGACAGCAUUGGCUCGUGCGCCCAGGCCUGUGUGAUUGACAACAUUGCUGCUGCCGGCUGCUCCGGUCCUCUUGACACCGACUGCCUCUGUGGUGUCAAGUUUGAGCUCAAGGCCAGCACCUGUCUCAUCCAGAAGUGCAACCUCACCGAUCUUGCCAAGACCCUCACCACUGAGAUCAAGAUGUGCCUGCCCUCGGGCGGUCUCACCAAGUGCACGGCCUCGGGCGUCUUCAAGCUCCUUGAGCCUUCGUGCUGGUUCUCCAAGCGUGACAGUGCCGCUGCUGCACUCCAGCGGCGCGGUACAGCGGCCGUGAAGGCCGCCCGUAUCAUGUAA